ACGUGCUUACAGAGUAUCCUAAAUUUACUAUCAAGAAACAUAAUUCUCUACUUUUUAGUGACUGUAUUCUUUAAAAAUGCAUGCAGCUUCUUCAACCCCAAGUAUUUCUUGAAGUUUACAGCUUUAAUUCCUCAAAAAGAUAAGCAAAAAAAUUGCAUUUGUCAUGGGAAUUGCAAAAACAGGGCAGGGUUCAUGUUGGCUUCUUGUAUACAUGGUGUUUCUUCUGUUUAAUUUAUCAGAUGAGUUCUUAGAACCUUCACAAUCUGAAGCCAUAGUGAAAAUUAAGCAGCUUUUGAACUUCCCUCAAGAUUUGAGUAGUUGGAGUGACAAUACAGAUUUUUGUAACAGUGAGCCAAACACUGCCUUAACACUAAUGUGUUAUGAAGAUAACAUAACACAGCUUCAUAUUUCUGGCUAUAACUGGUUCCCUAAUUUGCCUCAGGGGUUUUCUACAGAUACCCUUUUCUCUAAUCUUGCUCUUUUGCCUAAUUUAAAGGUGCUUUCUUUGGUUUCUUUAGGUUUGAGAGGAACUUUACCUAAAAAGAUUGGAUUUUUAUCUUCUUUGGAGAUUGUUAAUAUCAGUUCAAACUUCUUUUAUGGUGAGAUUCCAGGACAGAUUUCAUAUUUGAAGAGUCUUCAGACACUUAUAUUGGAUAAUAAUGAGUUUACAGGCCAAGUUCCUGAAGGGGUAGGCUUACUUCAUUCGUUGUCUGUUUUGAGUAUCAAGAACAAUUCAUUUUCUGGUUCAUUGCCUAAUUCUUUGUCAAAUUUACAAACCCUAAGAAUCCUUUCUAUUUCUGGUAAUAAUUUUUCUGGGGUUGUUCCAAACCUUCAUAAUCUGUCAAAUCUUCAAGUUCUUGAUUUGGAAAGUAACAAUCUUGGACCUAAUUUCCCUAAUAUUCCAACCAAGUUGGUAUCUUUGGUACUUAGGAAGAAUAAGUUCAGUUUAGGGGUACCAAAAGAACUGAGUUCAUGUUAUCAGUUAAAGAAACUGGACAUUUCUUCUAAUGAGUUUGUUGGACCCUUUUCACCAACAAUUUUAUCAUUGCCAUCACUCAGCUAUUUCGAUAUUUCUGGAAAUAAACUAACUGGGAAGCUUCUAAAGAAUGUGACAUGUAGUCAAGACCUUUCAUUUGUGAAUUUAUCAUCAAAUUACUUGACAGGGGAGUUGCCUGAUUGCUUGCACCCUAGUUCUGGUUCCAAGAUUGUAUUGUUUUCUGGAAAUUGUCUGUCGAAUAAAGAGCAAUGGCAGCAUCCUUAUUCAUUUUGCCAUAAUGAAGCUUUGGCUGUUAGUAUUGAGCCUCAUAAGAGAAAGGUUAAAGGGGGAAAUGGUAAAGCUGUUCUUGCAUCAAGUAUGGUAGGAGGUUUUGUUGGAGUAGUAGCGAUUGUCGGUUUGGCUUUCGUGGUUGUUAGAAGGGAGUAUGUCAAGCAGAAAGCUAGCAAAGCCCCUCAAACAAGAUUGAUACUUGAAAAGGUCUCUCCUGCUCACACACUUAAGCUGCUUAAUGAUGCAAGGUAUCUUUCUGAAACGAGGAAGUUGGGUUUGCUUGGGGCCCCUCCUUAUCGAACGUUUGUCUUGGAUGAGCUUCGAGAGGCUACUAAUAACUUCGAUAUAUCAAAUCUAAUUGGUGCAAGCUCCAGUGGGCAGAUUUACAAAGGGCGUCUCACAGAUGGCACUGUGGUUGCUAUAAGAAGCAUAAAAAUGAAGAGGAGGCAUACUGUCCAGUCCUACACUCACCAACUAGGGCGUAUUUCAAAGAUCAGAUACAGCCACUUAGUUAGUACUAUUGGACACUGCUUUGAGUGCUACCAAGAUGACUCAAGUGUUAGCCGAAUAUGUUUAGUCUUUGAAUUCGUGCCAAAUGUGACGCUGCGGGGGGUCAUAUCAGAAGCAAAUUCAGCUCAAAAGUUUACUUGGACGCAACGGAUGUCAGCUGCAAUAGGGAUAGCGAAGGGAAUUCAGUUCCUUCAUACUGGAAUAGUACCAGGGAUAUUCUCCAAUCAAUUGAAGAUUACAGAUGUAUUACUGGAUCAGAAUUUCCACGUUAAGAUUAGCAAAUACAACCUGCCUUUGUUAAUUGAAAAUAAGAAAAUGGAUGCUGGACCGUCUUCUAGUGGAUCAAAGGGAAAUGAUGGACAAAGGUUAAAAUACGAGGAGAAAGAUGAUGUGUAUGACUUUGGAGUAAUCUUACUUGAAAUCAUAUCGGGAAGGACAAUCGAUACAAAAAAUGAUAUAGAUGUUUCUAAAGACAUUCUAAUAGUUAGCUUAACAGCUGACGAGAUAGCACGGAGGAACAUCAUUGAUCCAGCUGUUCGGAAGGAAUGCUCAGAUAGUUCUCUUAGAACAUUAAUGGAACUAUGCAUAAAAUGUCUUUCAGAUGAACCAUCGCAGCGUCCUUCUGUAGAAGACUUGAUAUGGAACUUGCAGUUUGCAGCUCAGGUCCAAGACCCUUGGAAUAGAGACACUUAUGGCAACCAAGAGUCCCCUGGUCAUGUGUAAGAACUUAUGCAAAUAUCCAAUGAUCAAUGGACCUUUUCUUGUACAAAAUGUAACUUUAUACCACUAGGAUAGUAGUAAUUAGUUUCAAUUAUUUAGUAGCCUCUAUUGCAGCACUUUUGGCUAUGAGGUUUCAGUACUCUUUUGAGGUUAAACUCUACAUUUGAGCCAAAAUUUGUAAGCAAAUAGCUAUUCCUUGUACCUUUUUUUUAAGGAGCCUAAAAUUUAAAAGGUGGGCCUUGCACCGAUCAUCCAA